AAAAAGCAAAAAAAAAAACAUUAAAUUUCCGUAGCUGCGUAAACCGUUCCGGUCCGGUUUAAACCGGGAGAGCUUGCUUCACAAUCGAUUUCCAUCGUUCCUCAGAUCGAAGCCUAGAAGGAGAAGUCUCUCUAGCGAAAAUGACGGCGAAACCGAUUGCGAGUCCGAUUCCGGUUGCUAUGUACCCGACGUUGUCUGUGUUCACUCUAGCGAUUGGCCUCGUCAUCACCGCGUUCUUCUUCAUCUAUGAAGCUACAUCAUCCAGGAAAAACCGUAGCCUCGGGAUGGAGCUCACGACGGCUGCAGUAGCGUCUGUUUUCUUGGGGUUUGGGUCGUUGUUUUUGCUACUUGCUAGUGGUGUUUAUGUCUGAGCCUUCUGCGUCAGUACUGUUCCCAACUAGUUCAACUAAGAAUUAAAAACAGAGACUCUUUUUUUGUUGAAGAUCACAAUUAUGAAUGUUAAGAGACUUUGAUUAUCUUGUGCUUUUGAGCGCUAUAAGUAGUUUGGAUGAAUAAUUUUACCAUUCGAAGAA